UGCAUAGGUAAAUGCAGAAGUUUUUUUUUCUCCCUUUUUGGGGCGUUUAUCAUUUUCGUAGCUGUCCACUAUCCCAAAUGAACCAAUCUCAAUGAAAUAGAAACAAAAGAAAAACCAAACAUUUCUCGAAAAAUGUAUCAAUAACGGUUUUCUCAUGAAAUGUCUGACCAUUAUCUUAAUUAAAAGUCCCUUUGAUUCAGUCUGUGGUGGAUGGUGCAUCAUACAUUGUACAUAGUUUCAAUGUUUUUCACAUCAAAGAAUGCUGCGGUCUCUGUACCAUUAUCCACUGUCAAUCGCAUACUGAAGCCAAUUUAAACAUCUCCGGUGGAAAGUUGAAGAAAAAAAAACGUUUUUUUUUUCUUUCGCAAAAUUUUAGUUAUAUUUAUUUUUAUACAAAAAAGAUAAAAAAAAAUUGAAAAAAUGCCGUCAAAUUUGUUCAAUCAAAUUCUGGUUCUCGUGCUGAUUUCCACUUGUUUAAUCGUUUCUACUUCGGCCGAAGGACUAUCUUGCAGUUCGUGCGGUGAUGAGUGUUUAGAUGCGUGUGGUACACGAUUUUUCCGCACCUGUUGCUUUAAUUACUUACGGAAACGAUCAUCACCACCCGCACAGCCACAACCAAUACUUCCCGAGUACGAGGAAAAUUACAUAUGGCUUAACAAAGCCGAAGUGGAAAAAUUGAUACAAAACGAAUUGAUGCACCAGCAGAAUCUCAAUUAUUUGAAUGAAAAAGCACCAAAAAAAGAUGAGAAGUCCACGACCACUUCAACUCAGAUCGGUCUUGGCACAAAUCACGAUCAAAUGCGUGCUAUUUAUGAUAUUUAAUUUCAUUUGUGCACUAUAUUUCAUUUUUCUAAUCCUAAAAAUUUUACAUUGAACCUUUGGUUCGGGAUGAAUCAAUCGACACACGCAUAUGGAUACCCGAUAAUCAAAAUAGAAAUGUCCCCAGCAGACUAUGCAUUUUUGUUUCAUCUAAACACCAUUUUCCACAGUCAGAGUGUUAAAAUCAAAUGAAGCCUAUGAGCAACGCAUCAAACAAAUAAAUUACAAUGAAUGUAACGGCAACGAGUGGAAAUUUAUUAACAAAAAGAAAACCAUCGUUUUAAGCAAAAUAUCGGAAAGUCAAAUUCCAUUUGGAAUCUCAUGGUUGGGAGAUUUGAAACGGAAUAGAAAUAUACAUUUUUGAUAGAUCAAUUUUCAUAUUGAUCUUACAACACUUUCCGAUAUUUCUUCUUCGGCGUGAUGGUGUACCAAACUAUUAAUUGAAUCACUAAAUAAAUG